AUGGAGCAAAUGGAGGCACCAAUUUUAGAUGCCAUAUAUGGUGGAGCUGUAAAUUUUACUGACAAUGGUGCAGAAGCAGAGUCUUUCAAGCAUCGGGUUGAUGAAAUUUUCGUAAAAGUUGAUAAGCUUGAGCAAAGAGUGAAUGAGAUAGAGCAGUCGAGUAAAAAACAGCCGAAUGCAUGUAAAAGUAGCUCAACUGUGAAGGAUAAAGACAAACAUAUCCCAACUAUGAAGAAGCAGCAGCAGGAUGCAGCAUGUAGGGAAGCAGCUGCUGCAAAGAGAAUGCAAGAACUUAUGCGCCAUUUUGGCACAAUAUUGCGUCAGGCAAUAAUUUCAUUACCCAUCUUGUUAUGUUUUCCGCGCAUUACACAACACAAGUGGGCAUGGCCCUUUUUGCAACCUGUAGAUGUAGAAGGUCUUGGUUUACAUGACUAUUACAAGGUUAUUGACAAGCCAAUGGACUUCAGUACAAUUAAAAACCAAAUGGAAGCCAAGGAUGGUACUGGAUAUAAAAACGUUCGGGAGAUAUGUGCUGAUGUGAGGUUAGUCUUCAAAAACGCGAUGAAAUAUAAUGAUGAGAGAAGUGAUGUUCAUGUUAUGGCCAAAACUUUGCUGGCGAAAUUUGAGGAGAAGUGGCUGCAGCUUCUUCCUAAAGUUACUGAAGAGGAAAAAAGGCUAGAAGAGGAGGAGGCUGAAGCACAGUUAAAAAUGCAGCUUGCUGAAGAGGCUGCUCGUGCCAAAAUGGCUAGAGAUUUAAGUAACGAGCUUUAUGAGGUUGAUAUGCAUUUGGAAGAACUCCGAGAAAUGGUUGUUCAGAAGUGCAGGUUAAAAAUGUCGACUGAAGAGAAGAGAAAACUUGGGGUAGCCCUUACCAGAUUGUCGCCUGAGGAUCUCAGCAUGGCAUUAGAUAUUGUUGCACAAAAUAAUCCAGGUUUCCAGGCUACUGCUGAUGAGGUGGACCUUGACAUUGAUGCUCAGACUGAGUCUACCUUGUGGAGGUUGAAGUUUUUUGUGAAGGAUGCUAUAGAAGCUCAAGGCAAGAGUUCGGCCAGCAUGGGCGGCAACACCAAUACCAACACUAAUAACCACAACAGCGGCAACAAAACUAAUAACAAUCUCACCAAUGCUACAAAUAAGCGAAAAAGAGAGAUUUCUGAUGCUAUCGUCAAAACUGCCAAGAAAAAGAAUAAAAAACCAUCUCCCUGA